CUAUCAUAACACUAGAAAUUCUAAAGGUCGGGGAAUAAAUCACUAAGGAAGGAAAACUACAAGAUUACUUGAAAAAUCUUGCUGAAGAGUCUAUUUUUUUGACAAUUAAAAAAAACUGACCUGCAGGCAUGGUCAGUAACUAUACAAAUUUCACUAUAAAUUAGUUCCUUUUGUUGCGUCCAACAUGAAAAUUCUUGUGUCUGAGUCGCUGUUUCUCAAGGUCAUUUUUAGCUCAUGGUUGGUAUGAAAGUAAUGAAAAGGGCACGGAAAGAGCUCAGAGUUCUCUGACAGCUUUUACCGGCACAAAGUCUAAAUCUCUAUCGCCGAUCGAUAUGAAGACGCAUCUUCUUUCACAUCUCGUUGUACUGUGGUGCGUUGUUUUCUGUGCUCUGGCUUCAGGAAAGGAAAUUCAAGACCAUGAGCUAGGGAAACUGGAUGAGCCGGACCAUCAGGUGGAAAAGCGUGCAAGCUUGAUUGAUGAGCACGAAAAACGUCUGAAAAGUCUGGAGAAAAAAAUGAAUGCUCUUUUUUUAGGAGGGGCAACUGUACCUUGGCUUAGAGGCAGGGAUGGACGCGAUGGAAAGCCAGGGAGAGAUGGAAAGGACGGCAAACCAGGAGUAAAUGGUCUUCGAGGUCCUAAAGGAGCGCCCGGUGGUCGGGGGAGGACUGGUUCGAGGGGUCCCCCCGGUCCCAGGGGGUCCUCUGGUGUACAGUACGUGCGAUGGGGGAAGACUUCGUGCCCAAGCUCCGCGCGGCUAGUCUACAAAGGCCGUGUCGGCGGGGAGUUUUAUGAUCACCCUGGAGGUGCGGCAGAGUACGUGUGUCUCCCCGAGACCCCCCAGUACAUAAACUACACCCCAGGACAUCAGGCCAGCGGCUACAUGUACGGCGCCGAGUAUAGUGUCUAUCAACGCAGCCCCUUCACACGUGGAAAUUCCCUGCAAGACCACGAUGUCCCGUGCGCCGUGUGUUACGUCCCGUCCCGCAGCACCCAACUCAUGAUACCCGCAGUCGCCCGCUGUCCCGCGGGAUGGUCCCGCGAGUACUAUGGCUACCUGAUGACGGAGCAUCACAAUCACAAGCACUCGAGUCAGUUCGUGUGCGUGGAUCACGAUGCCGAGUAUGUCCCGGGUAGUGGCGCUGACGUUAACGGAGCACUGCUGUACCCCGUGGAAGGGAGGUGUGGGUCACUACCGUGUGCCCCGUAUGUAGAUGGGCGUGAGCUGACAUGCGCAGUCUGCACCAAGUGAUUCUUGUAACUCUGCAUGACUGAUAAAAAAAUAAAAUAACUGUAAGGUGUGUCUUUUUGUUCACAUCUGUUGUAUGACUGAUUGAAGGAUAAUUAAAGAAAAAGGGGACGGGUA